AUGGACAGCAAUAAUAACCGUCUCUAUCUCAACAUUGGGAACAACAACGAUCGUCUGGCUCCCGGUGGCGACCGCCAGUAUCCUACGACUCCCUCGACCUUCCCUCAACCCGUCUUCCCAGGCCAGGCCCAGCAGCAGCAGCAACAGCAAGGCAUGCAGCACCCACAGCAGCAGCAGCAGCCCUACCAGGCCGGCUAUGCUCCCCAAGGCUACUUCAUGAACAACCAGCAGCAGGGCCAGUACCCUCCCCAGGGCCACGGCGACUACAACGCCGGUUACCAGCCGCGAUCCAACACUCCUGGCGGCAACGACCCCAAUGUCGGCCUAGCUCACCAAUUCUCCCACCAGAACCUCGGCGGCGCUGCUCGCGCAUCCCCCUAUGGUUCCCGCGGCCCCUCUCCCGGCCAGCGACCUCGCACCGCUGGUGCUCCCGGCCAGGCCCCCUCUGGCUACGGACACUACGCGACUCCUCCUCUCCCGAACCAGCAGAGCUCUUCUGCCGAGAUCUUCGCCCCAGCUCCCGAGCGCAACUACGAGAAGUAUGGCGUCAAUGCCAACAGCAACCAGAAGAAGUGCACCCAGCUGGCGUCAGACUUCUUCAAGGAUAGUGUGAAGCGUGCCCGUGAGAGAAACCAGAGACAAAGCGAGAUGGAGGCCAAGCUUUCCGAGCCCAACCAGAGUCAAUCGAGACGCGAGCAGAUCUGGUCCACCGCCGGCCGCAAGGAGGGACAAUACCUGCGAUUCCUGCGAACAAAGGACAAGCCCGAAAACUACAACACCGUCAAGAUUAUCGGAAAGGGUGCCUUUGGUGAGGUUAAGCUGGUUCAGAAGAAGGGCGACGGCAAGGUCUACGCCAUGAAGUCUCUGAUCAAGACGGAGAUGUUCAAGAAGGACCAGCUGGCCCACGUCCGCUCGGAGCGUGACAUUCUGGCCGAAUCCGACAGUCCAUGGGUCGUCAAGCUCUACACGACUUUCCAGGACUCGUACUUCCUGUACAUGCUCAUGGAGUUCUUGCCCGGAGGUGACUUGAUGACGAUGCUCAUCAAGUACGAGAUCUUUUCCGAGGAUAUCACGCGGUUCUACAUUGCAGAGAUUGUCCUUGCCAUUGAGGCUGUCCAUAAGUUGGGCUUCAUUCAUCGUGACAUCAAGCCCGACAACAUUCUGCUCGACCGCGGCGGCCACGUCAAGCUGACCGAUUUCGGUCUGUCUACCGGCUUCAACCGUUUGCACGACAACAACUACUACCAACAGCUGCUUCAGGGCCGGUCUAACAGACCAAGGGAUAGAAACUCUGUUGCUAUCGACCAGAUCAACCUCACAGUCAGCAACCGCUCCCAGAUCAACGACUGGCGUCGCUCAAGGAGACUGAUGGCUUACUCCACCGUCGGAACUCCCGACUACAUCGCUCCCGAGAUCUUCACUGGCCACGGCUACACGUUCGACUGCGAUUGGUGGUCUCUUGGCACCAUCAUGUUUGAGUGUUUGGUGGGAUGGCCUCCUUUCUGCGCCGAGGACAGCCACGACACGUACCGAAAGAUUGUCAACUGGAGGCAGACUUUGUACUUCCCCGAUGACAUCCAGCUUGGCGUGGAGGCCGAGAACUUGAUUCGAAGCCUCAUUUGCAACACCGAGAACCGUCUCGGCCGUGGAGGCGCCCACGAGAUCAAGGCCCACUCCUUCUUCCGUGGAGUCGAGUUCGACAGCUUGCGCCGCAUCAGGGCGCCGUUCGAGCCUCGCCUGACAUCCGCCAUUGAUACCACCUACUUCCCGACCGACGAGAUCGACCAGACCGACAACGCGACCGUGCUCAAGGCACAAGCCAUCCAGCAGGCCCGUUCCGGCGUCCCUGUGGUCGAGGAGUCGCCCGAGAUGAGCUUGCCUUUCAUCGGUUACACCUUCAAGCGUUUCGACAACAACUUCCGUUGA